UAAUACUGGGAAACUUAAUACUAGCGUUGAUGCGAGGUGUAGGCUAAAAACCAUGCCUUGUAUAUAUAGUACUGUGGGGUAAAAUGGGUGCUAAACACUUUGCCACGGCAUCGGAUUAAAUGUGGUGCAAGUAUUUAUGCUUUCAUACUUAGAACACACAUGCAUUAUCGUGCGUUGUAGACGGUGGCUUCAUAUACCUUGAUUCUGGAUAUUUUAACAUUAUAUAACCCGAUAGUGUCUGUUCUGUUGGGCCGUUAGGGUUAUUACAUUUACAUGUACAAGACGUAGCAGCAGCGAGAACUGAACCAUACAACCAAAGAGAUUCUCUUUUUUUAAUCUCUUUGAUACAACCGUAUACUCAUCAAAGCUAUUGGCGAUAAUAACAAGUUUAACAAGGAAUAUACUAAACAACUGAAUUAAAAACAAGACGUAAGCAAUUUUUAAAAGAAAUUAAGCAAGUACUCCGCUUUAACGUUAUUGCCACGACAAUAUACUUUUGUUUUGUUGUGCCAAAAAUAUUUUCGUUGGGAAACACUGUUCCUAUACCAUAGUUACCGCGCGUAGCGCACUGAAGCUAAAAUCGAGCGUGUACGUGAAAAGGCAGGUACUUUUGUGGGUAUGUCUCCAUCAUUAGUAGAAGAUGCACGCAACUACAUUACAAUUAAACCAGUACCAGUUUGGUCAGAAGUGAAAGAAUCAAAACUACAAGCAAGAAGUUUGAAUCAUUACUGUCUGUCAUUGCCAACACGUGAAAAAGUUUUCAAAACAAAUUAUGAACGAAGGUUCCACCAAUACACAAGCCAAGGGUAUAAGUCCUACCCAUGGAAACCAUACCAAGAAGUCGGCCAACCCUUGUAUCUAGAUUCAAAACUUCUCGUACAAACGUCACUAGGACAGCUAUCGGAUAAUGGAGGAAAACAAGAAGAAAAAAGUGACAAUAAUGAGAAAGAGCAUGGAAGGCGGGGAAUACUUACACAGAAAUCAAAGAAACAAUCUCGACAGAUGUCGACUGCCUCCUUUGUCAUGAAGCAUAGGGAACAAAAGGACUUACAAAACUUAGUGAAAGAUCUGUUGUCAGUUAAGCAAACAAUGACAAAGGUAAAAAUGGGACACGCACUCUUCCCAAUGCUCGAGGAAGAACAGAACCGACGGGAAACGGCAUUUCUGGUGCAAAAACAAAACCAGAUGAAAACAACUAAAGGUAUGCAACCUCCCAAACCUGCGGAUGACACAACAGCAGUUGAAGAAUUAUUGAAACAAGAGUUCAGCAGAGAUCCUCCAGUUAGUCCUGUGCCAAAGAAGAUGUCUUUAAAGAGAGUUGGAAGCUUAAUGGCGAUGCCCAUUGACCAGCAGCAUGCCACUCCCAUGCCUACAACCCCUUCUACCUCUAUGGUGGCAAAGAAAGCAGAAGUUCACAUUCCGAUAUCAGAGCGAGUGCGACCUUUCACCCCAUUUUCAAGUAAUAUUGGUUUCCCCAUCCACGAUAAAGGAGACCAUGUUACGGAAAGUGUUUGGAAACAACUAUGUGUUGUGCAUUGGAUAUUGCUUGCAUGUGAGGUAGAGGAUAAUGUGGAUGACCAGUUUCAAUACAAAGUGAUGAUUCCAAUCAUUGAGUGUUGGAACAAAGUUAACAGCGGGGGUAAAACUCGAGACUCUCGUAUCAUCACCCAGGAAAAAAGAAACAACAAUAAAUGGACUAAAUUUACCAGAGCUCCAAGCCAUAGAAUACUUGCAAGAAUGAAAACUCGUAAAAAACAACUCAACCUAAGUAUGAGACGUAACGCGAGUCAUGCGAGUGAUUUGAGUGGUUACCACGGUGACAGGUUACCAAGACCCCCAUCUGCGCGAUCAAUACUCGGUACAUUGGUCAACAACGACUCUGUUGAAGACUUUGAAGGAGAAUAUGGAUCGCCCACUCGUCCAUCAAGUGCUGGUCAAUCAUCUGUAGCAACCACGGUGGCCGGUUGGACUAUGGGUGGAAGUGAAUUCGGUGAUGAUGAGACUGCAACUGAUGCUGGAGGAUCUAUUAUGGAUGGGAGGAAGGAGUCGGAUCUUCAUGAGCGAGAUUAUCACGAACAUCUUCAGAAACUUCUCUCCACGGUUGGUGAAAGCGUGAGGAGAGAGAUGGAUCGAAGAGAGAGGACGGCCAAGAUUAUCGCGGAUCAGAACGGAACCCUUCCUUUGUCCGUGUAUGAAUGGUCAAGGAACAGUUACUUUAAGAUAGGAAACAAGGAGGUUAAUAUAUCCAAGAUAGUUGUACCACAAGCUACUGAAGUUACAGACUACAGCUCCCCACCUACAAUCCAUAAAUCUCCAACCAAUGUGAAAAUAAGACCACAUACUGCAGUUGCUACUAGAAGAAGAACAUCUGUCAUGCAAGGAGGACAAGACAACCCCCCCAGCAGACCAGGGACGGCUACUGGUGCUGCUCGAGUAAAAAUAAAACGACCCAUGAGUUCCCCAGCUAAACUGUCAUCACAAUUUCUAUUCAAGUUUUCAAGCGACGAAAAAGAGAAAAGUUUGGGCCAAAUACGGGACCGUUUUGACGAAGUUAAUGAUAGCAAAGCAUUGCAACUACACAACCAAUUAUCAGAGCUGGAAAAACGUAGAAAACAAAGGAUGGAAACUAAGUUUGACAUGCUUACACGAACCAAGAGCAUACAUCGUGAUUUAAAAGGAAUGAGAUCAGCAGCUCAACAGAAGUUCCUACAGGAGCAACUUAUUAAGAAGAAAAGAUCAUGUUUGGUGUCAUGUGACUGGUAUACAAUGCUUAGUGAGAACAUACCUGAUGAAGUCCACAGAGACCAGGGAUGCGAGGAGGUUCUUGAAAAGCUCUUCAUGCUAGGGAUGCAGAUGGAGGAAGGAAUGCGGCAAGUUACCGAGCAUUCAUUCCUCUCCUCUCUUCGUGUCCUCCGAUCUUGGGAGCUUUGUUCUCCAGAGAUAAGUUCCGGGAUCGAAUUUGUAAGGGAGCAUAUCGUCGGGAUGAAGUCGGAAAACUUCGACGAAUGGAGGAGCUCAAAACUUGGCCACAAGGAGGCGAUAAAGGGGUGCGAGAGCAAGAAAAAGCUUGGUUGAAAUGAAAAUUCUUAUUUUCUACUUAUUAUUAUAUAUUUUAUAAUUUUACUUAACAUUUUCUUAUACCUUACUUUGAGACUUAGGUAAAAUUAGAUUAAUGUUUUCUCUACACUGGGGAUCAAGUUUUUAAUUGUCACAUUUUUUCUGGCUUCUCUAGUGUAGUAAGGGUAUCUUAUUCUCUCCUUGUGAUCUUGUAUGUUUGGCAACUUCAGUGCAUUUCUCUUUAUAAAAACAAAGUUUUGAUCUUUGUUUCUGAAAUUAAAAUAUUUUUUUUAGUUUUAUACUUACUAAUUUCCAGCAGUUUUUUCCACCUAGUAUGGCAAAUUUCUGAUUAAAUGUUCGGUCCUACAUUGAUAUACAGUUGCUACUAAGGGUAUUUUUUUAUUAAAAUUACAAUCCUACCUGAAACAAUUAAAAAUUAUUUACCUUUUUUUAGUUCCAUCCAGAAUGUAAAUUAAUUUACCUCUUUUUAUUGAAACUGUGUUUAUUAAGCAGUAAUUUUGUAUUUUAAUUUUUGAUGCAAUCGUGGAACGCAAAGUGUAAAUAGAGAUCUACUUAACUGUAAUAUAA